AAUGGCGGAUCUGAGAAAUGGAGAAGGAGCAGCAGUAGCGGCCUCGGGACGCCAGGGGGAGACGGUUGCGCACCUGUCACAUUGCGCGCGCUCGCAAAGAAGUCGUCGAAGCUUCAAGCUAGCGACGCGACAGACGAAGUUAAACUUUGAAUAAACGAUGAGCAACUUGCACAGUGUUGGGAAUUCAACCUCUGCCCACGAGCCCUUAAGCCUUCUACGUGGCUGUAUUUGAAGUGUUACUGAUUACAAUGACGCCCGCUUCUUCGGCUCCCUCGGCUCCUUCGGCUCCCUCGGCUCCCUCGGCUCCCUCGGCUCCCUCGGCUCCCUCGGCUCCCUCGGCUCCUUCGGCUCCUCCGUCUCCUCUGUCGCCUCCGGGCUCCCGUCGCUCCCGAGCCGGAGCGGCGCGAUGUGACCAAGACGACGGGCGCACUUUGGCUGUGGCGGCCACUUGACACCUGGUAGCGAGGGGUGAGGGGGUGGGGGGGCCAGUCAGCAGCAGGAUCAGGAUGACAAGAUGGCCGGCUGUGUGUUUCCAAUGGGACCGGAGAGCUUUCAGCGCUUCACGCCGGACUCUCUGGCGGCCAUCGAGCAGCGCAUCGCCAAGGAGGAGGCCCGGCGCAACAAACACUACCAGGAGGACCUCGGCGACGUGGAGGUCCCUCGGCCGCGGGCCGACCUGGAGGCGGGCAAACAGCUGCCCCGCAUCUACGCCGACAUCCCGUCUCACCUGGUGGGCGUCCCCCUGGAGGACAUCGACCAGUUCUACUUCCGAGAUCAAAGGACCUUCAUAGUGCUGAACAAAGGCAAAGCCAUCUUUCGCUUCAACGCCACGUCGGCGCUCUACUUCUUCAGCCCCUUCCACCCCGUGCGCGCCGUCGCCAUCAGGAUCCUGGUGCACUCGCUCUUCAGCUUGUUCAUCAUGUGCACCAUCCUGACCAACUGCUGCUUCAUGGCCAUGUCGGAGCCCGCCGCCUGGGCCAAAUACGUCGAGUACACGUUCACGGGCAUCUACACCUUCGAGUCGCUCAUCAAGAUCUUGGCCAGGGGCUUCUGCGUGGGACCCUUCACCUUUCUGCGGGACCCCUGGAACUGGCUGGACUUCAGCGUCAUCGUCAUGGCGCUGUUAACAGAGUUUAUCAAAGUAGGAAACCUGCAGGCACUGAGAACCUUUCGAGUCCUGAGAGCCCUGAAAACCAUCUCGGUCAUCCCAGGCCUGAAGACCAUCGUGGGCGCUCUGAUCCAGUCGGUGAAGAAGCUGGCCGACGUGAUGAUCCUGACCGUCUUCUGCCUGAGCGUCUUCGCCCUCAUCGGCCUUCAGCUCUUCAUGGGGAACCUCCGUCAGAAGUGCGUCCGCAGCACGCUGCACUGCGUCAACGGCAGCCUGCCCGCCGACGCCUCCUUCGUCUGCAACAACAGGACUUGGACGUCCAUGAGGCACUUCGUCGCCCACGAGGACAACUUUUACAAGGUGGAAGGGGCCAAGGAUGCGCUGAUCUGCGGCAACAGCAGCGACGCGGGGAAGUGUCCCGACGGUUUCGAGUGCCUGAAGGCGGGACGCAACCCCAACUACGGCUACACCAGUUUCGACACCUUCGGCUGGGCCUUCCUGUCGCUCUUCCGCCUCAUGACUCAGGACUACUGGGAGAACCUCUACCACCAGACGCUGCGCUCGGCCGGGAAGACCUACAUGGUGUUCUUCGUGGUGGUCAUCUUCCUGGGCUCCUUCUACCUGGUCAAUCUCAUCCUGGCCGUGGUGGCCAUGGCCUACGAGGAGCAGAACCAGGCCACCAUCGCCGAGGCCUGCCAGAAGGAGCGCGAGUUCCAGCUGGCCGUCGAGCGGCUCAAGAAGGAGCAGCAGGUUUCCGCACAAAAAGCCCCGGACUCGGACUUGGACUCUGUGACGUCGCCGGAGGCGUCUCCCUUGGGCCCUCCGCUGGACGAGCGGCGGCGGAGUCAGGCGCUGGUGGGCGUGGCCGACGUGGAGGCUAACCUAUCGGAGGAGCGGCUGCUGCAGGCCGACGGGACGGAGGGCACCAAGCCCCUCCACCCGCCGCCGGCCCGAUCUUUCUCCACCAGAACGCGGCGGAGCAGCCAGGUGUCGUCCAUCUUCAAUUUCCGGCUGAGGGGCCGCGGCUCGGAGGCGGAGACGGCCGACGACGGCUACGGCGCGCCGUGCGACCCGGCGGACGGCGUCCGGAGCCGCACGUACAGCGGCGGCACCUUUGGAGGAAUCCUGACCCAACAGCGACCCGCGCGCCGCCCCAGCACCUACAGCGCCGCCAGCAGGGGCUCGCAGGUAUUUUAUCCCAGCCUGAACAUCAACGGGAAGCUUUUCGUUGCCAUGGACCACAACGGGGUGGUCUCGCCGCCGCCGCCGCCGGCGCCGCAGGGGCAGCUGGCUGCCGGCAUCAUGGAGAAGGUCAAGGAGGAAAGCCAGCUUCCGACAUCCAGCACGGAACUGAGCGCGGUUCCGCUCCCGCAGACGACGUCCACGCCGGGCCCGGAGCGCCGCGGCCGAGCGCUGAGCGCCGCCAGCUGCCUGACGGACGCCAUGGAGGAACUGGAGGAGGCCCACAAGAAGUGCCACCCGUGCUGGUACGCGUUCGCCCGGCGCCACCUGGUGUGGGAGUGCGCCCCCUGGUGGCUGCAGGUCAAGCGCGCGGUGAAGAUGAUGGUGAUGGACCCGUUCCUGGACUUGGCCAUCACCGUCUGCAUCGUGCUCAACACGCUCUUCAUGGCCAUGGAGCACUACCCCAUGACCGACGACUUCAACGGGAUGCUCACCGUCGGAAACCUGGUGUUCUCGGGCAUCUUCACGGCGGAGAUGCUUCUGAAGAUCAUCGCGCUGGACCCGUACUACUACUUCCAGACAGGGUGGAACAUCUUCGACAGCAUCAUCGUCUGCCUCAGCCUGAUGGAGCUCGGCCUCUCCGACGUGGAAGGACUCAGCGUGCUGCGAUCCUUCCGACUGCUGCGCGUGUUCAAGCUGGCUCGCUCGUGGCCGACGCUGAACACGCUGAUCAAGAUCAUCGGCAACUCCAUGGGCGCCCUGGGCAACCUGACCCUGGUGCUGGCCAUCAUCGUCUUCAUCUUCGCCGUGGUGGGCAUGCAGCUCUUCGGCAAGAACUACCAGGACUGCGUGUGCAAGAUCUCCAAGGACUGCUCGCUGCCUCGCUGGCACAUGAAGGACUUCUUCCACUCCUUCCUCAUCGUCUUCCGGGUGCUGUGCGGCGAGUGGAUCGAGACCAUGUGGGACUGCAUGGAGGUCGCCGGGCAGCCGCUCUGCAUCCUGGUCUUCAUGCUGGUCAUGGUCAUCGGAAACCUGGUGUUGCUGAACCUGUUCCUGGCGCUGCUCCUCAGCAGCUUCAGCUCCGACAACCUGUCGGCGCCGGACGACGACGGCGAGAUGAACAACCUGCACGUCGCCAUCCGCAGGAUCGGCCGAGGCCUGGCGUGGUGCCGCCGUCAGGUUGCCGAUUUCUUCAACGGCAACCUGAAGCGCCGCCGGCAGAAGCGCAAAGACGCCGACGGCGGCGUGAAGCUCAAGCGUCUCGGCGGCGGCGGUGCCGCCGCCGAGUCCAACGGCGCCGUCUCCGGCGCGGCGCCGGCUCCCGACGUCGGCCCCCGCUGCCCGGCCCGCCCCCGCCCCGCUCCCCUCAACCGGGGGCACCUCCCGGGCCGCCACGUGGAGAAGUACGCGGCGCCCGACGACGACAGCUACGUGACCGACCCCGACCUCACCGUCAGCGUGCCCAUCGCGCCCGGCGAGUCCGACGUGGAGUUUCCCGACGACGAGGAGGACGACGACGACGAGGAGGCGGAGCGGGACGACCGCAGCGACGACUCGCGGGGAGACGGCGCCGAGCGCGACGAGAAGGACGACAUCAGCCUGUCGGAAGGCAGCACGGUGGACCUGAGGAAGCCCGGCGACGAGGAAGACGAGUACUCCGAGAUGGCCGAAGAGGCCACGGACCCCGAAAACUGUUUCCCAGACACGUGCGUGUCCAGGUUCAAGUGCUGCGACGUGGACACGGCGGCGGGCGGGGGCCAAGUGUGGUGGCGCAUGAGGAAGACCUGCUACCACAUCGUGGAGCACAGCUGGUUCGAGUCCUUCAUCAUCUUCAUGAUCCUGCUCAGCUCGGGCGCCCUGGCCUUCGAGGACAUCUACAUCGAGCAGAGGAAGGUGGUGAAGGUGGUCCUGGAGUACGCCGACAAGAUCUUCACGUACAUCUUCAUCCUGGAGAUGAUGCUCAAGUGGCUGGCGUACGGCUUCAAGAAGUACUUCACCAACUACUGGUGCUGGCUCGACUUCCUCAUUGUGGACGUGUCGCUGGUGAGCCUGGUGGCCAACACCCUGGGCUACUCGGACUUCGCCGCCAUCAAGUCCCUGCGGACCCUGAGGGCGCUUCGCCCCCUGCGGGCGCUCUCCCGCUUCGAGGGCAUGCGGGUGGUGGUGAACGCGCUGAUCGGCGCCAUCCCGUCCAUCAUGAACGUGCUGCUGGUGUGUUUGAUCUUCUGGCUGAUCUUCAGCAUCAUGGGCGUCAACCUGUUCGCCGGCAAGUUCGGCCGCUGCGUGGACCGCGCCGGCCGCGCUUACGACGCCGCCCUGGUCAACAACAAGUCCGAGUGCCGCGCCCUCCGCGAGCGCCGCGACGAGGACGGCGAGCGCUACUACUGGACCAAGGUCAAGGUCAACUUCGACAACGUGGGCGCCGGCUACCUGGCGCUGCUCCAAGUGGCCACGUUCAAGGGCUGGAUGGAGAUCAUGUACGCGGCGGUGGACUCGCGAGCCGUGGACGAGCAGCCCAUCAAGGAGGUCAACCUCUACAUGUACCUCUACUUCGUCAUCUUCAUCAUCUUCGGCUCCUUCUUCACCCUCAACCUCUUCAUCGGCGUCAUCAUCGACAACUUCAACCAGCAGAAGAGGAAGAUAAGAGGCCAGGACAUCUUCAUGACGGAGGAGCAGAAGAAAUAUUACAACGCCAUGAAGAAGCUGGGCUCCAAGAAACCCCAGAAGCCCAUCCCCCGACCUUUGAACCAAGUCCAGGGCUUCUUCUUCGACGUGGUGGCCAAGCAGGCGUUCGACAUCAUCAUCAUGGUGCUGAUCCUGCUCAACAUGAUCACCAUGAUGGUGGAGACGGACGAGCAGUCGUCGCAGAUGGAGCGCGUCCUCAACAACGUCAACGUGGCCUUCAUCGUGGUCUUCACCGCCGAGUGCAUGCUGAAGAUCGUGGCGCUGCGCUGCUACUUCUUCACCGUGGGAUGGAACAUCUUCGACUUCGUGGUCGUCAUCCUCUCCAUCGUCGGCAUCGUGCUGGCCGACAUCAUCGAGAAGUACUUCGUGUCGCCGACGCUGUUCCGCGUGAUCCGGCUGGCGCGCAUCGGCCGCAUCCUGCGGCUGAUCCGCGGCGCCAAGGGCAUCCGCACGCUGCUGUUCGCCCUGAUGAUGUCGCUGCCGGCCCUCUUCAACAUCGGCCUGCUGCUCUUCCUGGUCAUGUUCAUCUACGCCAUCUUCGGGAUGGCCAACUUCGCCUACGUCAAGCGGCAGGCGGGCAUCGACGACAUGUUCAACUUCGAGACCUUCGGCAACAGCAUGAUCUGCCUGUUCCAGAUCACCACGUCGGCGGGCUGGGACGGCCUCCUCAGCCCCAUCCUCAACAACUCGCCCGAGGAGUGCGACCCGCACGUGCCGCACACGGGCACCGGCCAGCGCGGCGACUGCGGCAACCCGUCGGUGGGCAUCGCCUUCUUCGUCACCUACAUCAUCAUCUCCUUCCUCAUCGUGGUCAACAUGUACAUCGCCAUCAUCCUGGAGAACUUCAGCGUGGCCACCGAGGAGAGCACGGAACCGCUGAGCGAGGACGACUUUGAGAUGUUCUACGAGGUCUGGGAGAAGUUCGACCCGGAGGCCACGCAGUUCAUCGAGUACGCCAAGCUGUCCGACUUCGCCGACUCGCUGUCGGAGCCGCUGCGCAUCGGCAAGCCCAACAAGAUCAAGCUGAUCUCCAUGGACCUGCCCAUGGUGAGCGGCGACAAGAUCCACUGCCUGGACAUCCUCUUCGCCUUCACCAAGCGCGUCCUGGGCGAGUCGGGCGAGAUGGACGCCCUCAAGCAGCAGAUGGAGGAGAAGUUCAUGAUGGCCAACCCGUCCAAGAUCUCCUACGAGCCCAUCACCACCACGCUGCGCCGCAAGCAGGAGGACGUGUCGGCCGCCGUCAUCCAGCGCUGUUACCGCCGACAUCUGGUGCGGCGCCAGGUGAAGGCCGCCUCCUACCUCUACCGCCGGAUCACCACGCCGCGCCGGGGGCCUGGCCGGGCCGGGGGCGAGGAGGCCGACGGCGAGGAGGAGGCGCCCGAGAAGGAAGGCCUGAUCGCCGCCAUGAUACGCCAGAACUACGGGUCCGGGCCGGCCGGGACCGAGCACUCCGAGGCGGCGGCGGCGGCGUCGUCGUCGUCGUCGUCGUCGCCGCCGCCGUCCUCCUACGACAGCGUGACGCGAGCCCCCGCGGAGACCGACGUACGGGACGCCGCGCCGUCGGAGCAGCGACGCCAAACGUGGAGGAGGCAAAAGUGACCACGAGGGGGCGCCAGAAAAGCCUCAACGUAAUAAGUGCGGUGACUUCUCGGUACUUCCUGGCCCCUGCUGGAUGCUCCCGUAACUGCAGCGGCUUCUUGUAAGCCCCCCCGCCCCCCACCCCACCCCCCCACGCCCCGACGACCGUAUCCGUCACGUCUCCUAUUGGCCCGGAACUCCCGUUGACUGCGUUAGCGGCAUUAAAAGUGUUAGCUUGCGAGUGCAAAUAAGCAAGGUGAGCUUAGCAUAGGUUUUGUUUGUAAAAGUUCAACUUUGAUGAAAGUUUUUUCAUAGCUGUAACUUUUUUUUUUUUUUUUGCGGGGCGUGAUUUGAUGAGGGGAAAAAAAGAUUUCCUCUUUGGAGCCGUGCGACACUCCGAUGGAAGAAUUUUUUUAGGCUUCCCAUCACUGUAUUGACAUUUUCCCACUCAGUCGUUGGCCGGGUGGCAGGAAGCGAAGCUGGGCGACGUUUGACAACCGUUGUCAAACGUCGACGUGAAUUUUUGUCCUCGUCGCGCGUCGUCAUUUACGUUUGACGGACGACCAAAGUAGACGACAGACGAGAAGACGACAAUCAGCAAAAACAUUCACCGGCGUGUGGUCGACGCCGUUAUUGUUCUGACAAGAACUCGCUUCUCUCUCUUUUUUUUUUUUCGCCACGCGUACGCUGGAAAAGGGAAUUCUUGUCUUUGGCGGUGAGGUCAAAGCCAACAAAAAAAAAAUGGUCCCGUUUUUUCCUUGAUGGCCGUUUCAUUCCAAACAAAUUUGCACAGGAGAAGAUGGAGACUGUACAUCUGGUAUCUGUUUAACAGGUUCCUCCCAAAGAAACGUCACGUUUGUCGACAUCUUUAUUUAUUUCAAAGGUGACUCCCCCCCCCCACACACCCCCCGCUUUUAUCUUGUUGCUUUUCUACGAACACUCGGACACUUAUUUUUUUUGCACUGAAGAAACGUGAAAAAAAAAAAAAAGACAAAAGCGUGAGCAGCAAUAAACGCUCGGCCCGAAAACCUUCUCGCUUUCAGGACCUUGGGAUGGCAAAACGGCAAAUGCACAAGCUCGGACCCGGCGCCGGUGUGGUCCCCCCCCUUGAGGGCAGAAAUAAAAGGAACCCGGACUUGGUUCUGCCGCCGCCGUGACGCUGAAGGGCUCCUUCCAGUAGCAAUAGCACACUCGCCGCGGUCCCUCAGGUGGCUUCUGAUUGGCAUUUUGAAAACGGCCAAACAAAGGCGCCUCCCGUGGCGUACGUCCAUCUAAGAAUAAGCGCUGAUAUUUCUAUGGCACAUUUGAGGAGGAGCUUCGGAUCAGCACUUGCCAAACGGCCACAUUUGAAUUUCAAACUAACGGUUCGGACUCUGCGCUAGUCCAUUUUUUACACCGUGAAGCGGAAAGUACGACCCAACCCGACGCGACAACCGCGGCUACCUGAAAAUACCGCCGUGUUAAAAUACAGCAGCAUAGUGGACACAGGUGUUCAUCCAAAAAAAAAAAAAACUGUAAACGUAUUGCACAUCACCUUUGAGCUCUUCAGCCGACAUGAAUCCGUAGAAAUAUGAUAUGCAAAUCUCUUGAUGUCACCGCUCGGUGGGCCCGAUGAAAGCUGUUAUUCUUGAGUCAGUCAAUCAAAUGCUGAAGAGUCCAAAAGCGAAAACAUUUCAUCAAAUAAAAGCACAUUCAUUCGUUGGGAGCCCAAUGGCUUGACUUUUGUCUAAGGGCUGAUUGACAACGUCACGAGUAGCCGACGGGGGUGCGGCGGGACGAGGGCGGUACGCCUCCCCGCCUUCGUUUCCCUUUUGGCUGCUUCGCCGUCUUGAAGCGACGAGAGAUCGGACGGGAACGUUCCGACACGAGGACGACCGCAAACAGCGGCAGCGAGCCGACCGAUUUGUACCAGUUCGCCGCAGUUGUCGCGCCGGAUCGACGUUCAAGACGAGAGCUAUACUGGGUCGACACCGGAUUCGCACAGUCGCGUGGGUCGAAAACUGCCGAUGUUGGCUCACGACUGGUGCAAAACCGGUUCCAUACUGGCGUCGUCGGGGAAGGAGCUCACCUCGGAGGCGGAGUCUUCCGUCCCGCCGCCAUUUUCUCAUCAGUAUCUCCACGAAAAAAACUUGCAGUGACAGGCGGAAACGGAUUAAAGCAAAACGUUUUGUUCAGACUUUUUUUUUUUUUUUUGCCAGUAAAACAAAAACUUUGGUGUGAAGAAGGAGAAAGUUGUGCCUCAGUGACCACCCCCCCCCCGCCCUGGUGUUUUACAAACAAUAUUCAUGAUGAUGACUACAAUAACUAUGUACACUUUUUAGUACUUUGAGUUGUAAUACUCUUUAGUAUUUUGCAAAUAAAUGUCUAUUUAAAACAACAUCCUGCGAUGAAUAAAGCAGACGCAA